AUGAACCCUUCUCGCCCUGCGCGGCCGUCACCCUUGGCCGCUUCACAGAUACGUGGUAUGCCGCUUGAUAUAAUCGACCGAAUACGAUCCUUUCCAUUGUUCCAGUCGACCCCAGAGUCGUUUCUCGCUGAGAUAGGGCUCCAUCUGCGGCCUCAGAUAAACUCUGCAAACGACUACAUCCUGACGGAAGGAGACGAUGCAAAGGCCAUGUACUGGCUUGUGCGUGGUGCCGUGGCUGUAACAUCCCGAGAUGGGGAGAGCACAUAUGCAGAGCUGAAACCAGGUGCAUUCUUCGGAGAGAUAGGCGUCUUGAUGGAUCGCCCUCGCACCGCCACCAUCAUUGCUCGAACUCGUUGUUUGCUUCUAAUCCUGACCAAGGAGGACUUUAGAAACAUCCUUCCAAGAUUCCCCGAAGUGGAGCGAGCCAUUAGAGACGAAGCGGAGGAGAGGCUUCAGAUUCUGGAACGCAAGAAACAAAAGGAAUCGCCGCCUGCAGUUGUAGAAAUGAGCGCACCUGGACAAAAGCGAGUGACGAAGCGAGUACGAGAUACUAUCGCGGACGGUCUAAACUUCCAUCACGAUGAUCACCGGGAUACCAACAGCUUCAGUAAGAAGCGCAAAUCUCCAAGUCCUAGCUGUCAGGAUGUCCCCACGUCUAGUGCCCUGGCUAACGGCCUCGUUAGCGUGCGGAUGCUGCUAAGGGAGCUCCCGCUCUUUGCCGAUUUACCACCAGAUAUCCUUCAUUUCCUGGGUUUAAAUGCACAACCACGGACUUACCCGCCAUUCACCGACAUCAUUCGACAAAAUUCACAGGGAAGAGAAGUGUUCUUCAUCGUGCGUGGCGAAGUCGAGGUUCUCAACGAGAGAUGCGACCCUGUCAGAAGUCCCCGACGUGUCGCUGAUGCGGAAGAUUCACGCAACGUGCAAGUCAAGGCGAGGCUAAAACAGGGACAAUACUUUGGUGAAGUCGUCAGUCUAUCACUUGCCCCACGAAGAACAGCUACGGUGCGCUCAGUGUCUGCUGUUGAGUGUUUGAUGUUAAGCGGUGAAGUCCUUUCGGAGUUUUGGGCUCGAUGCCCGAGUGAUAUCAGAGAUCAGGUCGAACGAACUGCAAGGACCAGGCUUGAUGAAGCCAGUGAUGGAGAUGUAGUAAUGGAAGACGCACCCAGCGCGGAGCAGUCAUUUACACCGGGUAGCCAGGCACUGUUCUCUGCCCGAAGACAGUCUAUGCCCCUUCUUACUUUCUCGGAAACGGAGCUGGAGUCUCUACACAAAUCCAACAGACUGGAAGACGAAUCUGUAGUGAAACCCUCUGACCCAGACCCAUUCUUGAGUGUUGGAUUGGAUAACGUUCGAUCCCGCUCGCGACGAGGUUCCCUUGCUCCUAUUAUACCGGAAGAUACUGCACCAGACCAACAGUCCCAAUCUCAGUCUACAAGUGUCAACUCACGUUCCCGGACCCCCUCACCCAACAAGUAUGCACAGUCAUUUCCCUUUGCAAACUCGUCCUUCUGCCUUUCCCAGACCAAGCCUGUGAAACAUCGAGACAGCAUCCGCCAUCGCGGAAUAUUAUCUAAUGACAUUCUCGUUUCGAUUUUUCAGUAUCUCGAGCUACAUGUGCUGUUACGUCUCCGCGGUGUCUCACGACAGUGGUGUGAGAUAGUCUCCAAAUCUCCUCACCUUCUGCAUUUCCUAGACCUAAGCCGUUACAACCGCAGAAUUACUGAUGAGAUCAUUACCGGUAUCAUAUGCCCGUUCGUUGGAGACAGACCACGUGUUAUUGAUGUUAACAACUGCUUCCAUGUUACUGAUGAGGGUUUCUCGGCUCUCGCCAACACCUGUGGUGCCAAUUUGCGCGUUCUGAAAAUGAAAAGUGUCUGGGAUGUCACAGCGCCUACGAUACUGGACAUGACGAACCAUGCUAAAUCGCUGCAAGAGAUCGACUUAAGUAACUGUCGAAAAGUGAGCGAUACGUUAUUAGCAAGGAUUGUUGGGUGGGUUGUACCGGCACACCAACAGAACCAGAACUAUGUCAACGGCAGGACUCCGCAUAAUUCAAAAUACGGGCAUAGUAGUGCAGUACAACCAAAUCAGCCUGCCGCGGGAACAGUUUAUGGCUGCCCUUAUCUAAAGAAGAUAACUUUAUCGUAUUGCAAGCAUGUCACAGACCGAUCGAUGCACCAUAUUGCCUCCCACGCCGCAUCCCGACUUGAAGAAGUUGACCUCACACGCUGUACAACCAUUACCGAUCAGGGAUUCCAGUACUGGGGCAAUGCACAGUUUCUCCGGUUGAGGAAGCUUUGCCUCGCAGACUGCACUUAUCUAACUGAUAACGCCAUCGUCUAUCUGACCAAUAGCGCAAAAUGCCUGCAGGAACUCGACCUGUCAUUCUGCUGCGCCCUCUCUGACACUGCUACAGAGGUCCUCGCCCUCGGCUGUCCUCAACUAACGCACUUGAAUCUCUCUUUCUGUGGCUCCGCUGUCUCCGAUCCGUCAUUACGCUCCAUCGGCCUCCACCUACUCAACCUCCGCGAGUUAUCUGUCCGCGGCUGCGUCCGCGUUACAGGUACCGGAGUCGAGGCCGUAGCUGAUGGGUGCUCAAUGCUUAACCUGCUCGAUGUCAGCCAAUGUAAAAAUCUCGCUCCAUGGCUAGAGUACAGCCUCCAGAACCGAUACCGAGGCAGAAUUCAGUUCAUUACCGUUGCACAUAAUGGCAAGGGAGCCCGAUGA